CUAUCUACCAACGAAAACACUUUUGCAAUUGUCUCCCGUAAUUUUAGUCAAAAUACACAAAAACCACUCAAAAUUUAGCACAUAAAACGGAGUAACUUACCUCAUACAUCAAUAAUUUCGUAGAUAGUUGCGUGACUCAACAAAUAAACAAAAGCAAAGAAGAAGAAGAAGAAAAAAAAUAACCAAAAAAAUAUCAAGCUCACAAUGACGUAAAUCUGUCUCGUCUCGAAUAUUGAAACAUGGAGCGAUAAGCAAUAACAAACAUCAAGUUAUUAAUUAGAAAAGAUGUGAAAAGAUUCAAAUCAAAAAAAAAAUAAGUGUUUGUUGUUGAAUGUUAUUUAAGUUCACAAUUUUUAUGUCCAGAUAGAAGAAAAAAAAAAUUUAUUUAAAACCACACAAAGAAAAUUUCAAAAAAAUGCAUUUGAUGCUACCACACAAACUACAGAUCAUAACGAUCGUAGUUUCGGUCUUCGUAUAUUCGUGCAAUGCCUCAGACGGAAGUGUCGUGAGUCGAUUAGUGGAUCACACACAAAGCACAGUGCACUCAAAUCGACCGCCAGAGCCUUCAACCCCUUCAACAACCAAAAACUCACAUCACAGCUCUUCCAGUCAGCAGCAGCAGCAGCAACAACAGCCAAAAGACAAGUUGGAAAAGUCCAAAAGCUCGUACGCGAUGCUAAGUCAGGCGAUGUCGGAAGCAGUUCACCAUGAAUUCAAUAGUCUUUCGGGAAGCGGUGCAUCUCCCGUGACGGAAAGAGAAGGCAGUGCGUGUUUGUUAGAUGAUGCAGAUUGUCUCAAUCACGACAAAUUGGGCAUGGAGGCGAUACGGCAUCUACAUCAGCAGUUGGAUGACGAUGAGGAUGGAGAUAUUACACUCGCGGAAUCAGAUGAUUUCCUGAGAGAAGAACUCAAAUACGAGUCUGGAUACGAGAAGCGACAUAAAGCUUUCCAUCACAACGACGACUUGCACAUCAGCGUAAAAGAACUGUGGGAAGCCUGGUUGCGAUCUGAGGUUCACAACUGGACAGUAGAUCAAACAACCGAGUGGUUGGCACAAAGUGUGCAACUUCCGCAAUACGUGAGAAUUUUCCGUCAGCACAAAGUAACGGGACGCGUUUUGCCGUUGCUCGCUGUCAACAAUAUGCACUACGUGAGCACCGUGCUGGGCAUCAAAGACCCAAUUCACAAGCAGAAAAUCGCACUAAAGGCAAUGGAUGCCGUGUUGUUUGGACCACCGCGAGAAACUGGAACACGCUGGAAGGAUUUAUUGCUCGUGGCGUUACUUUUAACCGCUAUCAUUGGCAGUUGGUAUGCGUACCAACAAAAUAAAAAUGCCAAAUUUCACAUGAGACGCAUGGCGAAGGACAUGGAGGGACUUCAUAGUGCCGAAGUUGCAUUGCAGGAAAUGCAAAAAGAGCUUGAACGCGCCCGCGUCGAACAAGAAAAUGUCGGCAAGGAAAAGCUCGAUUUGGAGCGUCGUCUCAAAGAAGCGCCCAGUCUCAAGUCUUCCGACUCCGAUUUGGAAGUGCAAGCCCUCAAGCAAGAAAUUGAAAUUCUCCGUAACGAACUUUCGCGUGCCGAAGGCGAACUCGUCGAUCAGUGUUACUCGCCGCCGCCCGGAUUGCAAAUUUGGCUGCAACUCACGUACGAGUUGGAAAGUCGCGCACACCUCAAAAAACGCAUCGCAGCGGAAAAACAACUUCAAACGGCCCGCGAGGCAUGCGAGAAACUCCGACGGAAACGAUCGAGCCUUUAUGGUGCCUUUGUGUCGACGCACGGCAAAUCCAUUGACGACGUGGACCGGAGCAUCGUCGAAGCACGCAACGCCCUCAGCGAAGUGACGAGCGAGUUGCAGGAACGAACGCAUCGCUGGAAACAAAUCGAACAAAUGCUCGGGUUCAGUAUUAUGAGCAACAAUGGAAUCUCGUAUUUGGAGAAUGUGCUGUACAAUAAAAAUGGAAAAUCAAUGUCAAGAGCUCGCAUCACCAGCAGCCAAGAUGAUCUCGAUGACGAUUCAGUGCAAGCCUUUGUGUUAGAUAGCUGUUUGCGUGCCGCCAGCUCGAGUCGCGGUCCCGGCAGCACCGACAACACGGACAAAGACUCGUCUGCGGGCAGCGACGAAACGGAUCGCGACUCCAUCACCUUCGUUCUCGGCUCAUCGUCGAACAUCACGCCGCCCUCAUCCGCCUCCGACACAAUUUCCUCCACAAAAAUCGCCCUCAUCAAUAAUUACAUAAAAUCCAACGGGAAUAGUUAUUGCGAGCAACCGCUACCCCCGCCCGCCCCCAUUUUGCCGCGCAGCAAAAAACUCCUAACAUCACAAAGUCAACCGGGAAGUGCCGCUUCGUUGCCUGUCGGACCAUCGUCGGGCGCAUCUCGUUCGGGAUUUGUGCCGCCACGCAGAAUUAUGUCGCAACAAAGCAUCACCUAUGGCAGCAAAAUGGCCCGAUCACAAAGUACCGACUUGGUCGCCCUGGAGUCCCAACCAUCGCCCGCCGUCACUCCAACUUCCCCAAACAACAACAGCAGCGGCAGCAGCAUCGCCAUCACUGGUCUCAUCACGCCCGCCGCUGCAGCAAUUCAACCGUUUAGUAUUCCCCUCAACGUUGUCGCUGGACCAAGUGCUUCCGCCGCCGGAACAGGAGCAACGGGAACUUCUCGAGGACCUGGAUCGUCUCGAGCAGGAACGGGAAGCACUCAUGACGUCAUUUCGGCGCUCGGCGGCGACAACAACAACCAGCAGCAACUGGAAGACGCCUCCACAACUGACUCGUCAAGCAUCGGCGGGGACCUUUCAGUCGCUUCGUCAGACGGAGUUGCGGCACAAGCAACGGGCGGAGUCAAUGGAACCCCGAAUGCCGACACCAAGAGACGACGAAAACUUCACUUUCCCUUCGGCAAAAAGUCAAAUAAGACAAAGGUUACAUGAAUCCAUCAAACGGAGCAUCGAUAGUUGUUCAAUCAAAAGUGAUCCCUUUUAAUUUUAGCAAUUUUUUUUUUAUUUUAUCGACUGGCCUAAAUUUUAAGAACUUUUUUUCAAAAUUCUCUCUCUCUCUAAAAAAAAUAAUAAAAAAAAGUAAUGAAAAAGGCUGAGAACGUAGAAAGUACCUUUAGUAGCAAAAAAAAAUACUUAAAAGAAUCUCUUAAUUACGAAAAGAAAAAUCGUGUCAAAAAACUUGUUUACUUAACUUUUAAACCCAUUCCCUUUUAAGAAAUGUAGACAAAAAAAAUAGAAACUAGGAAAAUUACAAAAAACAAUUUUUAAACGUAGAUUUUGUACUUGUACAAAAAAAUGCAAGAAAAUCCAUUUUUUGGGUAAAAAUUGUCGAUUUCGAAUGAUAUUUAAAAAAAAUAAUAAUAAAAAUAAAUAAAAGUAAUUUA